CGCCCCUCACCGCGGCCACCGCCGCCCGCUCGCCGCUCCGACCGUCGCGGAAGUACUCCUGACCUCCGCAAGGAGGCGGGUUGCCUUCAAGGAGUGCUUCCGGGUCAAGCAUCCGCCGGGGCGGGAGGCGCUGCUGACUCCAGUGAGGCUGGCCUCCACACUCAUCUUUUUAAUCUUGAAAGCUCAGAACACUCUUGGACCACUUCUUUGGAAAUCUUUUCUACCAGCAACAAGUCAUUCACUGCAAUCCUGUUCAGCAUAGCCACGUUCCAGGUUUUCCAAGUCUAAACAGAACUGCCUUUGAUUUUCCCAUGAAGCUGCAUCAUUGCCUGUCCAUCUUAAUUGUGGUCACUCUUGUGCCAGCUGCUCUGGUUUUGGAAGAUGUGGCCCCACUGGGAGCAAAUCAGAGUUCCUACAAUGUAUCAUUUCUCCCGAGCUUUGAACUCUCAGCAGGAGCCUACUCAGGUGAUGAUGUCAUCAUAGCCAAAGAGGGAACAAACAUUUCCCUGGAGUGUCUUCUCACGGUGGAUCAGUAUGGAGAUGUUCACUGGUACAACUCAAAAGGACAGCAGCUGCACAGCAGAGGUGGAAAAUGGUUGGUUUCUGAUAACUUCCUAAAUAUCACCAACGUAGCCUUUGAUGACCGUGGGCUCUAUACAUGUACCGUCACCUCUCCGACUCGUGCCUCCUACUCGGUCACCCUCCGUGUGGUCUUCACCUCUGGAGACAUGAGUGUCUACUAUAUGGUUGUCUGCCUGAUCGCCUUCACAAUCACACUCAUCCUGAAUGUCACUCGCCUGUGCCUGAUGAGCACGCAUCUCCGAAAGACUGAGAAGGCCAUCAAUGAAUUCUUCAGAACUGAGGGGGCUGAAAAGCUCCAGAAGGCUUUUGAGAUUGCCAAACGCAUCCCCAUCAUCACCUCGGCCAAGACCCUGGAGCUGGCCAAGGUCACACAGUUUAAGACCAUGGAGUUUGCCCGCUACAUUGAAGAGCUGGCCAGAAGUAUCCCUCUCCCACCCCUCAUUCUGAACUGCCGAGCCUUUGUUGAGGAAAUGUUUGAGGCUGUGCGAGUGGGUGACCCUGAUGACAUGGGAGAGAGAGUUAAGGAGAGGCCUGCGUUGGAUGCUCAAAGUGGCAUCUAUGUAAUUAACCCAGAGCUAGGGCGCAGUAACUCACCUGGUGGAGAUUCAGAUGAUGGCUCUCUAAGUGAGCAAGGCCAAGAGAUAGCAGUGCAGGUGUCUGUCCACCUUCAGUCAGAGACCAAAAGUAUCGGGACAGAUUCUCAAGACAGCAGUCAUUUCAGCCCACCCGAUGACCCUGCACCUGCAGAGGGCAGCACUCACCACAGAGAGUGAGCUUGUGACAACAGACAGCUUCCCCAGUGCUCAGGAAGCGAGCCUGCAUUGAGGACAUAGCAUUAUUACAAGAUGACCAGGGUCUUCCCUUUAACCUUAAGCACACCAGAGCAUGAAUUGCCAAAGUCAUCAUGCAAAGGCAGCAUUUUCC